AUGCGCCGGCGCUUUACAAAGACAGAACCCGCAGAGGUGAACAGAACGUGUUCCACAAUAGAAGAGGUUACAGAAGACAUUCUGCCAAUUCUAUAUAGCCAAACUAAUGGCUCGUCCACGGAAAGCCAAAACAUCCAAAUCCCAUUCACAAUCCCGAUUUCAGUCGAUAUACCCGGGUCUGUGACAACAAACCUCGGCGAGAUUUCCUACGACCUCACUGCAUGCGUGAUGGCCGAGAAUGAUACCAUUACAAGCAAGAGGCAGCCCAUCCACUUAUACCGUCAAGGCAUCUCAGAUGAGCCAACUAUUGAAUAUGCACGAUCCUAUCCAAAUUCCAAGGUGGUCACUGAGAUCAGUCUCUCGCAACACCUCCAUUCGAGAACGAAGUCUGAUCUCUCCUUCUCUAUGAAUAUCAAGCUCCGAAAUCCAACGACCCGUGGAGAACGUGCAUCGGAGUUGAAAUGUCCCACAGUCAGAGGAAUUCGGUGCCGGGUAGAAGAAGUCACGAGAUUCCUUGUCAAAUCUGACGAAAGUAACCAAGAAGUUGAGCGUGUAUUUAUACGCGAAAUCUGCAAUGUAAGACAGAAAAGCCACUGGAAAAUAAUUGAGAAGUCCCCUGGAACACAACAGUGCGACGCGUAUCGCAGCGGCUCUGUGGAUGUUCUAUUCGGAUUCACGAUUCCAGAAAAUGCCAACCCAGCACAAAGGACAGACUUAUCUUGCUAUGACUUUGACCCAGGGCAUUUGAAUCCUAGGACGCUACCCCCGGACCUUCUGGAAUAUUACAUGUCCACUACGAAGGAAAAGCUGGUGAUGACGGUUGAGCAUCGGUUGAAGCUUGACUUGUUAACGGGAGAGGACACGUUUGAGCGGAGUACCAUGACUCUUGUCGAUCGCAAGCCUAUACGCGUAGCUCUUAACGCGUCAUUCCCAUUGUUUAUUGGCGGAUGCAACGACAGGGAUAUAGGACCAGCAGUCUUGGAAAGACAUCCUCCGAGGUAUGAGGAAGUUCCUAUAGCGCCUCCCGAAUACCUAUGA